AUGCUGCGAACAGCGAACCACCGCCCCGGGCCGCCCCCUGCGCAAGUGGCCGUGGCAUCCCCGUUUCUACUGCUGCUGCUGCUCACCUGCGGCGCCGGUGCCUGCCAAGGUGCUCCAAUAUUACCUGAAGGAUUAUGGCCUGAACAAGAACUAUGGCUAUGGAAUAAGAUAGCGGAUGCUUGUUCAUCUUUCCUGUUCACUGAGUCUCAGUCUCAGGAACCAGAAGAAAAAGAUAAUGCCAAAAGGGAUCCAAAUGAAGAUACAGAAUGGAAUGAAAUUUUAAGAGACUUUGGCAUUCUUCCUCCAAAAGAAGAACCAAAAGAUGAAAUUGAAGAAAUGGUUUUACGUUUACAGAAUGAAGCAAUGGUUAAACCAUAUGAAAAGAUGACUCUUGCACAGUUGAAGGAAGCUGAAGAUGAAUUUGAUGAUGAAGACAUGAGAGCUAUUGAAAUAUAUAGAGAAAAGCGGUUGCAGGAAUGGAAAGCCCUUAAGAAAAAACAAAAAUUUGGGGAAUUAAGAGAAAUUUCAGGAAAUCAGUAUGUGAAAGAAGUCACAAAUGCAGAAAAAGAUGUUUGGGUUAUAAUUCAUCUAUACAGAACAAGCAUCCCAAUGUGUUUACUGGUGAACCAACAUCUUAGUCUCCUAGCAAGAAAGUUUCCAGAAACUAAAUUUGUUAAAGCCAUUGUGAACAGCUGUAUUCAACAUUACCAUGAUAAUUGUUUACCAACAAUUUUUGUUUAUAAAAAUGGUCAGAUAGAAGGCAAAUUCAUUGGAAUUAUAGAAUGUGGAGGGAUAAAUCUCAAGCUAGAAGAACUUGAAUGGAAGCUAGCAGAAGUUGGAGCAGUACAGACUGAUUUGGAAGAAAACCCAAAAAAAGGCAUUGUAGAUGUGAUGGUGUCUUCAAUUAGAAACACUUCUAUUUAUGAUGAUGGUAACAGUUCAAACAGUGAUAAUGAUGAUACCAAAUAGAAAUAGUUAAUAAACGGCUUU